AUGUCGACGUCGCAAGUAGAAGGGGUUUCAAGUGUGGUUGCUCUUCCACCCCCGUCUCCCCGCCGGAGUUCAUUAAUGGAGUGCGUUGUGGCUGAACCGGUGGAUUGUGUUCCAUCUCCAGGCGGGAAUGAGAUUUCAUCCAAUCCAAAUGAAAAUAUAGUUGAACCUCUCGUCGUCGAUCCUGUGCAAAUGACUAAGGCCACGCAAAUGUUGGAUGUUACUGAUGUUGGAAGUGAUGAGAUGGAUAUUUGUGACAAGUUGCCUGAUCACGAUUCCCUGGAGGAAGAUGAAAUACUAAGCAUUGGAAUGCGGUUUGCGAAGUUGCAACUAGCUCAUGAUUUUUAUGUUAGCUACACCAAGAAAGUUGGAUUUGCAACUAAGAUAAGGACGACAAUAUUUGACAAGAUCACGAAGAAACCCGUUAACCAGGCUAUCCACUGUAAUCGGGAUCGCAUCCGCGGGUCUCGUGUCAAAGCACCAACGCGCAAAAACCCGAUUUCAGCCGCCGUGUGCAAGGUUGAGCUGAGGCACACGCACCUAUGUUCGGCGAAGAAGGCAGUGCACUACCGUGAGUAUAGGCAGCUGAGUAUGCAUGCGAAAUACGUGAUUCAGAAUAAUGAUGAGGCUGGGAUUCGACCAAACAAGACCUUCCUAGCUUUGGCCAAUGAAGCUGGGGGCCCGUUGAAUCUGGGAUUCUCAGAAAAGGAUUUAAGAAACUAUAUUACAGCAAGACUCCGAACCAGCAACGCAAAUGCCGAUGUUAGGGAGAUGAUGAACUAUUUCAUGAGAAUGAAGGAAAUCAAUCCGAACUUCUUCUAUGCAGUAAAAUUGGAUGAUGAGUGUAGAUUUAGGAGUGCAGUUUGGGUUGAUGCAAGGUGCAGGACUUCCUAUGAAUACUACGGAGACGUUGUGUCACUCGAUAGCACUUAUAGUACAAACAGGCAUGGGUUACCGUUUGCAUCGUUCGUCGGUGUCAACCACCAUGGUAAGUCGGCCCUCCUUGGAUGUGCGCUGUUGGGAAACGAGGAAAUUCCAAGUUAUGAGUGGGUUUUUACCCAAUGGGUGACGUGCAUGGGAACAGCUCCACAGUGCAUCAUUACUGAUCAAUGCAGAUCCAUGUUCGGUGCGAUUAGAAAGGCUUUACCCAAUACACGUCACCAUUGGUGCAUAUGGCACAUCAUGAAGAAGUUUCCUCAGAAGCUUGGAGGUUAUUGUCGGUACGGAGAGUUGUAUGCCGACCUCAGGGACAUUGUUUUCAACUCUCGGACGGAGGAGUCAUUUGAGAGAAAAUGGUUUGAAUUUAUGGAGGAGUACAAUUUACAUGACAACACAUGGCUAUCAGGUUCGUAG